CCAACCAGCAUCAACAAACAACAACAAUGGCAGAACAACCUCAGUCGGCUUUCUCAGGGAGCGAAUUCUUUGAGAAGGAGCGUGCUCGUCUCGUUGGAGAGAUUGGCCAGAGCAUGGAGCAGAUCAUUACCAACUUGAACCUCCUGAAUCGCAAUCUCGAGGGUGUCGUCGCUGUUGGAAAGGAGUUUGAGAGCGUGUCAACGCUAUGGCGCAUUGCAAGUGACUCCACAAGGUCCACAGCCAAGGAGCCGACCGAGGGGUAGUAAGGGG